UGAACAGUAGUAUGGACUACGAGAGACCCAAUGUUGAGACCAUUAAGUGUGUUGUGGUGGGGGACAAUGCCGUAGGGAAGACACGGCUGAUCUGUGCUCGGGCCUGCAACACCACUCUGAACCAGUACCAACUACUGGCCACACACGUCCCGACGGUCUGGGCUAUAGACCAGUACAGAGUCUGUCAAGAGGUGUUGGAGCGCUCCAGGGAUGUGGUGGAUGAGGUCAGUGUGUCUCUCAGGCUGUGGGACACCUUUGGCGAUCAUCAUAAAGACAGACGCUUCGCAUACGGAAGGUCAGACGUGGUUGUGCUGUGUUUCUCCAUCGCCAACCCCAACUCUCUGCAUCACGUCAAGACCAUGUGGCAUAUGGAGAUCAAGCACUUUUGUCCCAGGACGCCUGUCAUCCUGGUGGGUUGUCAGCUGGACCUGCGUUACGCUGAUCUGGAGGCCGUCAACAGGGCCAGGAGGCCACUAGCCAGGCCGAUAAAGCCCGGAGACAUCCUUCCUCCAGAGAGUGGCCGGGAGGUGGCCAAGGAGCUGGGCAUCUCCUACUAUGAGACCAGUGUGUUCGACCAGUUUGGCAUCAAGGAUAUCUUCGACAAUGCCAUUCGAGCCGCGCUCAUCUCCCGUCGACACCUGCAGUUCUGGAAGUCCCACCUCCGGAAGGUCCAGAAGCCCCUCCUCCAGGCGCCCUUCCUGCCGCCCAAAGCACCGCCCCCUCUCAUCAAGAUUCCAGAGUGUGUCAUCAACAACGGGGAGGGUCCUGGCCUCCUAUUGGACAGUCCUCUUUGUGCUGACGUCAUGUUCAUCCUCCAGGACCACAUCCACAUCUUCGCCCACAAGAUCUACCUCUCUACCUCCUCCUCCAAGUUUUAUGACCUGUUCCAGAUGGACUUCAGUGACGAGUCCCAGUGCCUGGUGGUGACGGAGCGGCAUGCCCGGGACUCUCUCCUCAGGACCCUUAGUCUGGACACAGAGGAGGACGUGGCUGUGCUCCCCAACCUCUCUCCCUGUUCCCUCCGGGCCUCUAAGAGUGACGGCACCCUGAAGAUGAUGAGCUUCUCUGGUAAGCACCGGCGCACCAAGCUGUCCUUGGCCUCCUGGAGCAAGGCCUUCUACAGCAUCCACAAGGAGAGUGUGACCAACCCUGUGACGGGCUCCCCGGCUCACAUGACGGUGGUGAAGAUGGACUACUCCAUCCAGCUGGGUCCGUUCAGUGCCGUGUUGAGGUUCCUCUACACUGGGGAGCUGGAUGAAGAGGAGCGGGAUCUGAUGAAGAUCGCCCAGAUCGCGGAGGUCCUGGAGGUGUUUGACCUGAGGAUGAUGGUGGAGAACAUCAUGAACCAUGAAGGCUUCAUGAACCAGGAAAUCACCAAGGCCUUCCACGUCAGGAAAUCCAACCGCAUCAAGGAGUGUCUCAACAAGAACACCUUCACAGACGUCACCUUCAGGUUGGAGGAUGGAACCAUCAAUGCUCACAGACCUCUGCUCAUCUCCUCCUGUGAUUGGAUGGCUGCUGUGUUCGGAGGAUCCUUCAUGGAGAGUGCUAACAACCUUCAGGUCUCGUUCCCAGGCACCAGCAGGGUGUGUAUGCAGGCUGUUCUGGAGUAUCUCUACACCAAUCAGCUUUGUCCCAUGGCAGAGCUGGACCCUAUGGAGCUGACGGCCCUGGCUAACAGACUCUGUCUCCCCAGACUGACUGCUCUGACAGAACACUAUGCUGUGAGUGAGCUGGUGAAAGCCUCCAAAGAUGGACAGGAUAUAGACGGCGAAGUACUCACCUAUCUGGAACUGGCUCAGUUCCAUAAUGCUAACCAGUUAGCAGCUUGGUGCUUACAUCACAUCUGCACUCACUACAACAAUGUCUGUGCCAACUAUCGCAAAGAGAUCAAGGCCAAAUCUGCAGAGAACCAGGAAUAUUUUGAGAAGCACCGCUGGCCCCCAGUGUGGUACCUGAAGGAGGAGGACCACUACCAGCGGGUGAGGAAGGAGAGGGAGAAAGAGGACGUGGUUCUCAACAAACACCACAGCAGACGACGUUGGUGCUUCUGGAGCACCUCCCCUGCCGUGGCCUGAGAGGUCUGAGAAGGGUCUGCCUAGCCCCAAACUGCCCAUGGAAUCUGCCUCCUGCCCCGUGCUCCAGCUUCUAACCCUGCACCCCGCAAAGAGGUCCCAACAACACACGCCGUACCAAUGUUUUACUGUUAGAUCAUCUGAGCAUCAAAACAGGAAAUAACUAUCUGACGAUGCACUGUCAUGUGCCACCCUCUUCUCUUGAUGAACUGUCAGGUCCUACCCUCUUCUAUUGAUGAACUGUCAGGUCCUACCCUCUUCUAUUGAUGAACUGUCAGGUCCUACCCUCUUCUAUUGAUGCACUGUCAGGUCCUACCCUCUUCUAUUGAUGAACUGUCAGGUCCUACCCUCUUCUCUUGAUGAACUGUCAGGUCCUACCCUCUUCUCUUGAUGAACUGUCAAGUCCUACCCUCUUCUCUUGAUGAACUGUCAUGUGCCACCCUCUUCUCUUGAUGCACUGUCAGGUCCUACCCUCUUCUCUUGAUGCACUGUCUGGUCCUACCCUCUUCUCUUGAUGAACUGUCAGGUCCUACCCUCUUCUAUUGAUGAUACACUGUCUGGUCCUACCCUCUUCUCUUGAUACACUGUCUGGCCCUACCCUCUUCUAUUGAUGAACUGUCAGGUCCUACCCUCUUCUCUUGACAAUACACUGUCUGGUUCUACCCUCUUCUAUUGAUGAACUGUCAGGCCCUACCCUCUUGAUGAUGCACUGUCAGGCCCUACCCUCUUGAUGAUGCACUGUCAGGCCCUACCCUCUUCUUUUGAUGAUACACUGUAUGGCCCUACCCUCUUCUUUUGAUGAUACACUGUCUGGCCCUACCCUCUUCUUUUGAUGAUACACUGUCUGGCCCUACCCUCUUCUUUUGAUGAUACACUGUCUGGCCCUACCCUCUUCUUUUGAUGAUACACUGUCUGGCCCUACCCUCUUCUCUUGAUGAUACACUGUCAGGCCCUACCCUCUUGACGAUACACUGUCAGGACCUACCCUCUUGAUAAUACACUGUCUGGCCCUACCCUCUUGAUGAUACACUGUCUGGCCCUACCCUCUUCUCUUGAUGAUACACUGUCUGGCCCUACCCUCUUCUCUUGAUGAUACACUGUCAGGCCCUACCCUCUUGAUGAUACACUGUCUGGCCCUACCCUCUUCUCUUGAUGAUACACUGUCUGGCCCUACCCUCUUGAUAAUACACUGUCAGGCCCUACCCUCUUCUCUUGAUAAUACACUGUCUGGCCCUACCCUCUUGAUGAUACACUGUCUGGCCCUACCCUCUUCUCUUGAUGAACUGUCAGGUCCUACCCUCUUCUCUUGAUGCACUGUCAGGUCCUACCCUCUUCUAUUGAUGCACUGUCAGGUCCUACCCUCUUCUAUUGAUGCACUGUCAGGUCCUACCCUCUUCUAUUGAUGCACUGUCAGGUCCUACCCUCUUCUCUUGAUGAACUGUCAGGUCCUACCCUCUUCUCUUGAUGAACUGUCAGGUCCUACCCUCUUCUCUUGAUGAACCUUCAGGUCCUACCCUCUUCUCUUGAUGAACUGUCAUGUGCCACCCUCUUCUAUUGAUGAUACACUGUCUGGUCCUACCCUCUUCUCUUGAUACACUGUCUGGCCCUACCCUCUUCUAUUCAUGAUACACUGUCAGGCCCUACCCUCUUGAUGAUACACUGUCUGGCCCUACCCUCUUCUCUUGAUGAUACACUGUCUGGCCCUACCCUCUUGAUAAUACACUGUCAGGCCCUACCCUCUUCUCUUGAUAAUACACUGUCUGGCCCUACCCUCUUGAUGAUACACUGUCUGGCCCUACCCUCUUCUCUUGAUGAACUGUCAGGUCCUAACCUCUUCUCUUGAUGAACUGUCAGGUCCUACCCUCUUCUCUUGAUGAACCUUCAGGUCCUACCCUCUUCUCUUGAUGAACUGUCAUGUGCCACCCUCUUCUAUUGAUGAUACACUGUCUGGUCCUACCCUCUUCUCUUGAUACACUGUCUGGCCCUACCCUCUUCUAUUCAUGAUACACUGUCAGGCCCUACCCUCUUGAUGAUACACUGUCUGGCCCUACCCUCUUCUCUUGAUGAUACACUGUCUGGCCCUACCCUCUUGAUAAUACACUGUCAGGCCCUACCCUCUUCUCUUGAUAAUACACUGUCUGGCCCUACACUCUUGAUGAUACACUGUCUGGCCCUACCCUCUUCUCUUGAUGAACUGUCAGGUCCUAACCUCUUCUCUUGAUGAACUGUCAGGUCCUACCCUCUUCUAUUGAUGAACUGUCAGGUCCUACCCUCUUCUAUUGAUGCACUGUCAGGUCCUACCCUCUUCUAUUGAUGAACUGUCAGGUCCUACCCUCUUCUAUUGAUGAACUGUCAGGUCCUACCCUCUUCUAUUGAUGCACUGUCAGGUCCUACCCUCUUCUAUUGAUGAACUGUCAGGUCCUACCCUCUUCUAUUGAUGAACUGUCAGGUCCUACCCUCUUCUCUUGAUGAACUGUCAGGUCCUACCCUCUUCUCUUGAUGAACUGUCAGGUCCUACCCUCUUCUCUUGAUGCACUGUCAAGUCCUACCCUCUUCUCUUGAUGAACUGUCAUGUGCCACCCUCUUCUCUUGAUGCACUGUCAGGUCCUACCCUCUUCUCUUGAUGCACUGUCUGGUCCUACCCUCUUCUCUUGAUGAACUGUCAGGUCCUACCCUCUUCUAUUGAUGAUACACUGUCUGGUCCUACCCUCUUCUCUUGAUACACUGUCUGGCCCUACCCUCUUCUAUUGAUGAACUGUCAGGUCCUACCCUCUUCUCUUGACAAUACACUGUCUGGUUCUACCCUCUUCUAUUGAUGAACUGUCAGGCCCUACCCUCUUGAUGAUGCACUGUCAGGCCCUACCCUCUUGAUGAUGCACUGUCAGGCCCUACCCUCUUGAUGAUGCACUGUCAGGCCCUACCCUCUUCUUUUGAUGAUACACUGUCUGGCCCUACCCUCUUCUUUUGAUGAUACACUGUCUGGCCCUACCCUCUUCUUUUGAUGAUACACUGUCUGGCCCUACCCUCUUCUUUUGAUGAUACACUGUCUGGCCCUACCCUCUUCUCUUGAUGAUACACUGUCAGGCCCUACCCUCUUGACGAUACACUGUCAGGACCUACCCUCUUGAUAAUACACUGUCUGGCCCUACCCUCUUGAUGAUACACUGUCUGGCCCUACCCUCUUCUCUUGAUGAUACACUGUCUGGCCCUACCCUCUUCUCUUGAUGAUACACUGUCAGGCCCUACCCUCUUGAUGAUACACUGUCUGGCCCUAUCCUCUUCUCUUGAUGAUACACUGUCUGGCCCUACCCUCUUGAUAAUACACUGUCAGGCCCUACCCUCUUCUCUUGAUAAUACACUGUCUGGCCCUACCCUCUUGAUGAUACACUGUCUGGCCCUACCCUCUUCUCUUGAUGAACUGUCAGGUCCUACCCUCUUCUAUUGAUGAACUGUCAGGUCCUACCCUCUUCUCUUGAUGCACUGUCAGGUCCUACCCUCUUCUAUUGAUGCACUGGCAGGUCCUACCCUCUUCUAUUGAUGCACUGGCAGGUCCUACCCUCUUCUAUUGAUGCACUGUCAGGUCCUACCCUCUUCUCUUGAUGAACUGUCAGGUCCUACCCUCUUCUCUUGAUGAACUGUCAGGUCCUACCCUCUUCUAUUGAUGAUACACUGUCUGGUCCUACCCUCUUCUCUUGAUACACUGUCUGGCCCUACCCUCUUCUAUUCAUGAUACACUGUCAGGCCCUACCCUCUUGAUGAUACACUGUCUGGCCCUACCCUCUUCUCUUGAUGAUACACUGUCUGGCCCUACCCUUUUGAUAAUACACUGUCAGGCCCUACCCUCUUCUCUUGAUAAUACACUGUCUGGCCCUACCCUCUUGAUGAUACACUGUCUGGCCCUACCCUCUUCUCUUGAUGAACUGUCAGGUCCUACCCUCUUCUAUUGAUGAACUGUCAGGUCCUACCCUCUUCUCUUGAUGCACUGUCAGGUCCUACCCUCUUCUAUUGAUGCACUGUCAGGUCCUACCCUCUUCUAUUGAUGCACUGUCAGGUCCUACCCUCUUCUAUUGAUGCACUGUCAGGUCCUACCCUCCUCUAUUGAUGAACUGUCAGGUCCUACCCUCUUCUCUUGAUGAACUGUCAGGUCCUACCCUCUUCUCUUGAUGAACUGUCAGGUUCUACCCUCUUCUCUUGAUGAACUGUCAGGUCCUACCCUCUUCUCUUGAUGAACUGUCAGGUCCUACCCUCUUCUAUUGAUGCACUGUCAGGUCCUACCCUCUUCUAUUGAUGCACUGUCAGGUCCUACCCUCUUCUCUUGAUGAACUGUCAGGUCCUACCCUCUUCUCUUGAUGAACUGUCAGGUCCUACCCUCUUCUCUUGAUGAACUGUCAGGCCCUACCCUCUUCUCUUGAUGAACUGUCAGGCCCUACCCUCUUCUCUUGAUGAACUGUCAGGUCCUACCCUCUUCUCUUGAUGAACCUUCAGGUCCUACCCUCUUCUCUUGAUGAACUGUCAUGUGCCACCCUCUUCUAUUGAUGAUACAUUGUCUGGUCCUACCCACUUCUCUUGAUACACUGUCUGGCCCUACCCUCUUCUAUUGAUGAACUGUCAGGUCCUACCCUCUUCUCUUGACAAUACACUGUCUGGUUCUACCCUCUUUUAUUGAACUGUCAGGCCCUACCCUCUUGAUUAUACACUUUCAGGCCCUACCCUCUUGAUGAUGCACUGUCAGGCCCUACCCUGUUGAUGAUGCACUGUCAGGCCCUACCCUCUUCUUUUGAUGAUACACUGUCUGGCCCUACCCUCUUCUUUUGAUGAUACACUGUCUGGCCCUACCCUCUUCUUUUGAUGAUACACUGUCUGGCCCUACCCUCUUCUUUUGAUGAUACACUGUCUGGCCCUACCCUCUUCUUUUGAUGAUACACUGUCUGGCCCUACCCUCUUCUCUUGAUGAUACACUGUCUGGCCCUACCCUCUUGAUAAUACACUGUCUGGCCCUACCCUCUUGAUGAUGCACUGUCAGGCCCUACCCUCUUGAUAAUACACUGUCAGGCCCUACCCUCUUGAUAAUACACUGUCUGGCCCUACCCUCUUCUCUUGAUGAUACACUGUCUGGCCCUACCCUCUUGAUGAUACACUGUCUGGCCCUACCCUCUUGAUGAUGCACUGUCAGGCCCUACCCUAUUGAUAAUACACUGUCAGGCCCUACCCUCUUGAUGAUACACUGUCAGGCCCUACCCUCUUGAUGAUACACAGUCAGGCCCUACCCUCUUGAUGAUACACUGUCAGGCCCUACCCUCUAGAUGAUGCACUGUCAGGCCCUACCCUCUAGAUGAUGCACUGUCAGGCCCUACCCUCUAGAUGAUGCACUGUCAGGCCCUACCCUCUAGAUGAUACACUGUCUGGCCCUACCCUCUUGAUAAUACACUGUCAGGCCCUACCCUCUUGAUGAUACACUGUCAGGCCCUACCCUCUUGAUGAUACACUGUCUGGCCCUACCCUCUUGAUGAUACACUGUCUGGCCCUACCCUCUUGAUGAUACACUGUCUGGCCCUACCCUCUUGAUGAUACACUGUCUGGCCCUACCCUCUUGAUGAUACACUGU